AUGGCUGAAGUGCAUAUUAUCGGAGAGAUUGAAUAUGCAUCUGGGUUCCCAGAACAACGUCUUUUUUGUCGCUGGGAGCUCGGAUUUGGUGGUGGAUGGCGUGUAAUACAAGGAGUAAGCAAAGGACAAACUCAGAUCGACUUAUCCGAAUAUGAAGAUUUUGCAUAUUUUUCACAUCCGUUGGAUAUACAUCUUAUAACUAAAACCAUACAAGGAUGGCCUUCAAUUAGUUUACAAAUCUGGCAUUACGAUGAAUUUGGUCGGCAGGAACUGUAUGGCUACGGGUCCAUAUAUUUACCAGCUUCACCCGGUGAACAUCAGAUGAAAUGUUAUACAUGGAGACCGAAAGGUAGUUUACGUGAAGAAAUGAUGCAGUACUUUGUUGGAGGUGGUUUACAAUUAAGCAAUGAAAAUUCGACACGACUCGAUGAAUACUCAAGAUUGCGCACUGUAUCAAUGGGUGUCGUUAAACUGCGUAUUUCAGUGAUAACCAAAAAUUUUGAUCGUUUCGGAAUCCAGUGCUAA